CUUUCAGAGUAGGCGAACAGCAAGGCGCAUUCCAUCACUCGUCAGAGUUGCUAAAUAUUUACAACUUUGAAAACUUUCUAAUAAUCAGUCUCACGGUAAAUAAUAUUAUCGUCUUUUGAAUAUAAGCCACCAGCCAGUGAUAAGUUUUUUAACUUAUAAGGGGAAGGGAUGAGUGCAGGGGAUUAUAUUCUUAUUAGUUGACCUUUAAAUUGACCCGUCUACUUGAUACCUUCUCCCUUCCGGUGCACUCCAACAAGUAUGGACGGGGGCGUAGGGUUGAUUAUGUUAUCGGGGGUCAUGUUGCUGGGGAGCUUUAUUGCAGGAUCCAUUCCAAUUGUGAUGACGCUGUCAGAGGAGAAGGUUCACUUCGUCUCCAUUGUGGGUGCAGGACUGCUGGUCGGCACUGCACUUGCCGUAAUUAUUCCUGAAGGGAUCCACACCCUGAUUCUUGCCCAGCACAACACCCCUGCCCGGCACCAUCAGCACAGUGACCCCUUUGAACAGUCUGUUCUCAAAGUGUCCUCAUCCCCUUCCUCCAUCGCUGGAGGAGUGCUGGGUGUUCCAGCCAAAAUGUACGAUCCACCCCAUGAACAAGGUCAUGCACACAGUGGUGAAUCCUCUGAAGCUGAAGCGCUCUCCUCUGUAGGCUUGGCACUAGUUCUUGGAUUCAUAUUUAUGCUCCUGGUGGACCAAUGUAGUCGUUCAGCCUCGUCCAGCAGGGGAGGAGGUGAUUUAGAGUCCUCCUCAUCUUUGUCCCACGCCAAGAAGAGCUUUACAGCCACGUUGGGUUUGGUGGUUCAUGCCGCAGCUGACGGCAUCGCUCUGGGUGCUGCCGCAACCACGUCGCAUACCGAGGUUGAAAUGAUUGUCUUUUUUGCCAUCAUGCUCCACAAAGCUCCUGCAGCCUUUGGUCUGGUCACUUUUCUUCUCCACGAGGGGCUUGACAGAAAGCGGAUCCGAAAGCACCUCGCCCUUUUCUCCUUUGCUGCCCCAGUCGCAGCCAUUGUGACGUACAUGUGCAUCUCCCCGGAAGGAGAUAGCGGCGGUGGUGGAACUAUGCAUGCCACGUCGAUGGCCAUGUUAUUUUCUGCAGGGACUUUUCUCUACGUCGCAACGGUACACGUGCUUCCGGAAGUUACCAAAGAUUCCCAGCAUGGAUAUAGUCGGAAAGAGCUGUUUGGUCUGGUGCUGGGUGCGGUUAUACCUCUCCUGCUCACGGCAGGACACCAGCAUUAACUGUUUAAGUCGUUCUUUAUUCCUGUGAACACAAUGAAAGACCUGCUAAGAGAGAGAGGAAGAAGACGUUGACGAAGCUAAGAUUCUUUUAUAAAUAUGUACACGAAAAUGAUGAUGAACAAACGACUCGUUGAAAACUAAUAAAAAGUGAAAAGAUAACAGAACA